AUGAUCCGUUUCUUCUGCAAAUGGAAGUUGGUUGCUUGCUCUUUAGCAGUCUUGCUGCUACUGCUCCAUUGUGUUAUGCUGUAUCGUCUCGUUCCCAGAACACAAGUCGAGCUGAUCGCACAUGCCGGAAGUCAUGGCGGAGCAGUUUGCAAGGCUCUCCAAAGCAUGUGCAGACAAAGCUGCAAGCAGUGGAUCGGAUGUCCACAGGUCUCUUGUUUGGUGGACAAAAGCAGCAGGUCUCUCCGUCACAAGACAGAGGCUGCGCAAUCUGGCUUGUCUAUCCUGCUGUUGCGUGACCCACGUGAUGUGGUCGUGUCCUGGCGACACGGGACAGAAUCCAGCAAGUCUCAGAGUGCUGUCCAGCACAUUCGGUCCGUCGCUAGUUGGACAAGGUGGCAGCAUGAACAACAUUCAGGACGGACUGAGUCCUUCUUGCUUUUCUACGAGGCCUUAGCUUCGCAGCCUCGUGAGACUCUUGAGGCACUGGCGAAGUUUCUGCAGCUGGAGGUGUCUUUCACGGAUGAGCAGCUCCUGGGGGCUUGGCAGGGCGUCACAAAGCCUGAGGAGGUGUGUCAGGUCUCCGCGCACCCGCCUUGGAUUGCCCGUUAUGUCAGCUCCGUCGUUCAGGAGGAGCUUCCAGAAGAUCUUUGGGGCCUUUGGGCGGCAAGAUGCCCCGGCAACGUGUCUUGGGCACCGGAGCCAUGUCCGAGAGGAGCAGAGCUGGAGGCCCACAACGAGUCAAAGCAUGGGGACAUCUGCCGAUGGAGAUCGAGGGAUUACAUGUGUCCGAACAUGUGCCGACAGUUGGCGGAGGCCCCCUACUGCGCCGACUGCGGCGGGGGGGAGGGAGCCAUGGAGCCCUGUCGAGCUGCAGCAGCUCAGGAGGCCUGGCAAGAGACGCUGGUUCCAAAUCCGCACACGCCCCGAAUAAUGAGCACCUUCUACGAGGCAAGUUCCAAGAAGGACGGCCGGGAGGAUGCGAGACAGCUGACACUGGCGACUUGGGCUCAGCAUUGGCAGCGGGCUGGCUGGCGGACGAGGGUUCUCGGCCUGGCAGAUGCCCAGAAGUCUCCUUUCUACAAGCAGCUGCUUGUGAAGUUCGCGCAGAUCCCACUUGGAGAGAAUCCCGAGUAUGAGAAGGCCUGCUAUCUCCGAUACCUCGCCAUGUCCGAAGCUGGCGGUGGCUGGAUGAGCGACUACGACACCUUGCCCUUGCAUUUUCCAGGAACUAGUGAUUUGGUUUCAAACGGUCGCUUCACGGUGCUGCAGGGGCAUAUACCCGCACUCAUGUCCGGCAGCCAAGAGGAGUGGCGCCGGAUGUCCCGUCUGCUCGUUGACAGCGCCGUGAUGCUGACGCGGCAAAGCCCCAUGCCCACACUGGUUUCUGACAUGCAUGCGAUGGCAGGACUGGUGGACAAGUCCGGGCUCAAAAACAAGUCUGAAGAUGCCUUGAGCUCCUUCCACAUGGUGGCAGAUGCAAAAGACUACGUGCGUACCUUGAGGAACCCAACGUCCAGCUUGAUCUGUCGUCGCUUCACCUUCUUCCGCCUGGCCAUCCACAUCUCCCACGCAUCCCUGGCAGCAGGGCUUGCCUUGCCGGAUGCCGACGUUGAGACGAAGCGUCCCCAAAUCAUGAACCAAACCAUGGAGCGUUUCUGGCAGUGUGUGGAGAUGGAGAGUCCUUAA